AUGAGUAUUUCAAUUCCCAUUCAAAUUCUUGUGAAAGGUGUGGAGAGAAUUGCUAAUCCUGCAAUCUAAACUAUGGCUGUGAGAUAUGUCCAGGAGAAGAUUAGUAAAAAGGGUGGAUCAAUACAAUUUAAGUUAAUAGUGAACAUAGUUCGCCUUAAAAUGAAUUCAAAAUUUGCCAAUACGGACUAUGAGUGUAAAACUUGCUCGAAAGAUGAUAUUACUAAAUGUACAGAGUGUAGCUAUCCAGUUAAUCAAAAGUCAUUGUUAAUUGGAGAUGCUCAAAAUCCAUGCACAUCCUAAAGUGAAUAUUGCCUAGAUGCUUUGAGUUAAAAUAGUUGUCAACUAUGUAUCUAUGGAUAUGGCCUCUUUAUUGAUUCCAUUGGGAAUAAAAAGUGUCUCUAAUGCUAAUCAGAGUAAGCUAAUUCAGAGGAUAUAUUUGAUACAAUUCCUAUAAAUUGCAAUUUUUCCUUUGAUGUCUCAACAGGCAUGCCAAAAUAGGGAUAAAUAACAGCUUGCUUAAAUGGUUAUUUUGAUCCACUAAAAAAUAAAUGCAUCUCAAAUUGUGGUGUAGGCAGGUAUGGCUAAGUUACAUUUAAUUAAAGAGGCAUGAUUGAUAGCUCAGUCUGUAACGAGUGUGAUAAUAAUUGCUUUGAAUGUGCGACUUAGCAUGAAUGUAUUUCAUGCAAAAAGGGUUUUUAUUUGUCCACUGGCUCAAAUUAAAAAACAACAGGGAUAUGCAUCUUAAAAUCAGGGACAAGUGAAUUAGUUCUUUAUGUUGACAGUGUUAUUGGAAUGAAAACUACUGAUUAAAUUACAGGCUUGAAUCUUGAUGAUCCAUUUUAUUCGAUACAGAGUGCAAUAAUUAAGGCCUAUGAGUAUGGCUCUGAGUAUGAAAAUGCAAUUGUAAAUAUAAUGCUUAUACCUGGUAAGGUUCACUCAAUGCUAAGAUACGAUGAAAAAAUAAUUCUACCCCAAAAAUAUGAUUAAAAUUCCUAAUCAACGAAGAUAAUAAUUGAUACUCUCGAUGGGACUUAAGUAAAAGUCCUAUAUAAGCUCAGAGAUAAAUAUACAUUCCUUGUUGGAGGAGGGCUAGAACUAAGAAAUAUAGUAUUUGAUGCUACUGACUCAAUUUUAGAUCCUAGAUUUACCAGUCUAGAUACCUCACUUUUGAAUUCAAAUGAUUACACUUGCUUAAAAGAUCCCUUCAAUAAUUGUUGCUAAAUUUCUAAGGAUUUAUCUAGCGGAAAAUAUACUACAAGUGGACCAGAAUUCUGCUAGUUUUAAAUAUAACCAGAUGAUUAAUGUCAUUUGCCAAUAGGAGGAUCACUUAUCUAGUUUGACAUCUCUAAUUAAACUACUUUAGCUUCACCUUAAUUUUUAAAUAUAGAGAAUGUUAGAUUUGAAAACUUCAUCUAUGAUUUUAAUACCAUCAUAGAAAUAAAUGAUUUAGGAGGGCACAUUAGCAUGAUUAAUACUAGUUUCACAAAUAUAAAUUCAUGUGGAAGUGUCAUUAGAAAUAAGAGGUUUGAUUAAGUCUCUAGUUAUCUUGAGCCAGUCUUUCUUAGUCGAAGUUUACUAAAUUCCUUUGAAAUACUCAAAAGCAAGUUACCAAGCACUGAUAUCUUUUAAGAUAUAUGUGGCAAAUCUAUGAAUAUACCAUGUUUUAGUUUAAACAUAUCUGGAGGUAUAGUUGAGGACUUUGGUAGAAUGAUUAAUUUUUCUUAAGAUCCAUAAUGGGUAAAUCCUUUGCUAAAAAUGAAAAAUCUAGGAUAAUUUUUAGAUUUAGAUAAUUUUCAAGGUCCAGUUUUAAUCUAAAAUGUAAAUUUCACUAACAACCUUGCAGUCAAUCUUGACUAAUUUAAUGCAAAGAUGGAUAUUAUUUGGCUAAAGAAUCACUCUUUAAUGAAACUACAUAAAUCAUCCUAAAGUGAAUAUUGUCUAGAUGCUUUGAGUUAAAAUAGUUGUCAACUAUGUAUCUAUGGAUAUGGUCUCUUUAUUGAUUCCAUUGGGAAUUAAAAGUGUCUUUAAUGCUAAUCAGAGUAACCUAAUACAGAGGAUUUAUUUGAUACAAUUCCUAUAAAUUGCAAUUUUUCCCUUGAUGUCUCAACAGGCAUGGCAAAAUAGGGAUAAAUAACAGCUUGCUUAAAUGGUUAUUUCGAUCCACUAAAAAAUAAAUGCAUCUCAAAUUGUGGUGCAGGCAGGUAUGGCUAAGUUACAUUUAAUUAGAGAGGUAUGAUUGAUAGCUCAGUCUGUAACGAAUGUGAUAAUAAUUGCUUUGAAUGUGCGACUUAGCAUGAAUGCACUUCAUGCAAAAAGGGUUUUUAUUUGUCCACUGGCUCAAAUUAAAAAACAACAGGGAUAUGCAUCUUAAAAUCAGGGACAAGUGAAUUAGUUCUUUAUGUUGACAGUGUUAUUGGAAUGAAAACUACUGAUUAAAUUACAGGCUUGAAUCUUGAUGAUCCAUUUUAUUCGAUUCAGAGUGCAAUAAUUAAGGCCUAUGAGUAUGGCUCUGAGUAUGAAAAUGCUAUUGUAAAUAUAAUACUUAUACCUGAUGGGACUUAAGUAAAAGUCCUAUAUAAGCUCAGAGAUAAAUAUACAUUCCUUGUUGGAGGAGGGCUAGAACUAAGAAAUAUAGUAUUUGAUGCUACUGACUCAAUUUUAGAUCCUAGAUUUACCAGUCUAGAUACCUCACUUUUGAAUUCAAAUGAUUACACUUGCUUAAAAGAUCCCUUCAAUAAUUGUUGCUAAAUUUCUAAAGAUUUAUCUAGCGGAAAAUAUACUACAAGUGGACCAGAAUUCUGCUAGUUUUAAAUAUAGCCAGAUGAUUAAUGUCAUUUGCCAAUAGGAGGAUCACUAAUCUAGUUUGACAUCUCUAAUUAAACUACUUUAGCUUCACCUUAAUUUUUAAAUAUAGAGUUGAGGACUUUGGUAGAAUGA